AUGGAUCUCAUCAUCUUCUACUCCCCAGACAAGUGCACGAUGACCUACUACAUCAACAACGAGCAGGCGGGUUACAAGAUCGAGUACCCUUUUGCUUACAUCAAGAACAUCUUCCUCGAGAACCAGGAGGGCGACCCCAACAAGCCUGGUGGCAUCGUCAUCGAGCUGAACCGGGCUCCCAACUUCUUCAUGGACUCCUCUCCCCAAGCCAGCGGAUUCUUCCAGUGUGGCGACUUCACCGAGGACCAGCAGGCCUCGCACUGCUUGGUUCACCACCUCGGUGGCAACCCUAAGGUUCUCAGCGGCCAGUUGGCCAAGCUUGUUUCCUUGGAGGCCUUCAUGAACCGCAACAACCCGCACCCCUUCAUCGAUCAGCAGCACGCUCUGUCCAUGUCCGCUCCUGUGUCGCCCAGCCGCCCUUCAUCGCAGCCCAACUUUGCCCAGCCGCACGUUGGCAUGUUCCAGGAGUCUUGGGGCAUCAACCACAUGCAUCCCGGUAUGCGUGGACCUGGCCACAAGAGACAACGCAGUCGCUCCGUGCCCAUGGCCGUCGAUUUCUCGAUGCUCCAAACGCCCAUGCCCUCCUUCUACAUCCAGCAGCCGGGUGAGAUGGCUGCUCCUCAGACGCCUGGUCCCAACAUCUACGCACCGAUUCCUCAGCAGCCUGGUGGACUCGGCCCGAACUUGAGAAUCGACACUCAAGCCGGAUUCGGUCUGGACAUGCGCCAGUACCCCAUGUCUGCCACCACCGCCUCUCCUUCCGAGUUCCCGACGAGCCCCAACUUCUUCUCCCAGGGCCCUGAGCCGAGCCCUCUCCCGGCCGCUUCCAGCUACAACACGCCGUACGGCAGUGCCUUCCUCUCUCCAAUGGCCCACCCGUCACCGAGCAUGAUCCCGCCCUCCGUGUCUCCCCUUUCAUUCGGCAGCCACCACGGAGAGCCGUCCAUUGUUGAACAGUCACCUCCGCUCUCCAUGCUCGGUAGAUCUGCUUCCGCCGAUAUCUACCAGCAGGGCGACAACGGAUCAUGUGCCGUGUCUGAUGAUGGCACCGGCCUGAACGAGAUGUACUCCAAGCACACCAUUAACCUGCCGAUGCACCCUCACUCACCUGCGUAUGGUGAGCAAGGCCACAACGACCUCGACAUGAACCAACUGGUCCAGUUUGACCACGUUGACCCCAACUCAAUGUCUCCCGAGUCCAUGCACCAAACACCCCACUGA